AUAAAAUAACCACACCUGAUGAGAACUCGUUAUUGCUAAUUGAUUUCAGAUGGGGUAACCACAAUUGGUCAUUAGAUAUAAGUGAGGGUCUGAACACUGGCAAUUUCUUUCAACAUGGACCAGGAUAGACAGCAAGGAAUUGGAAGAGCUCGUGGACGAGGGAUCUGUCAGAGAGGUGGGCAUGGGGCCCAUCAAAGGGUUGGUCAUCGGAGAGGGGGAGGCAGAACUGUCUCUAAUGAAGUCCGGGCCAUCGUCGUUGAUCAUGUGGUGAACCGAGGCCUUACUAUGGCAGAAGCUGCCAGAUUAGUUGAGCCAAAUCUAAAAAGAUCAACUGUCAAUUCUAUCAUCCGAACCUUUCGCCAAGAAAACCGAAUUAACAGAAAACCCCAUAGUGGUGGCCGUGUGCUGACCGACCAGCAAGAGUUGGCAGUGGUGGAAAUGGUGAGGGCCAGGAAUGAUAUACGGCUGUCAGAAAUAAAGCAGGAAAUUGAGAACAAUGACACCUUUGCCAAUGUGGCAUCCAUCAGCCUACCAACAGUAGCCCGCCUUUUAAAGUGGCACCAGGUAUCAAUGAAACACAUUUACCUGGUGCCUUUUGAGAGAAACAAUGACCGGGUGAAACAACUAAGGGCUGAAGGGUUAUGGUGCUUGACGCUGAUGUGAACCAUCACAAGUACGUUUUUGUUGAUGAAGCGGGCUUUAACCUUGCCAAAACUCGUCGCCGUGGACGUAACAUUAUCGGCCAACGGGCCACUGUCCAAGUGCCUGGACAACGUGGAGGAAACAUCUCUAUGUGCGCAGCUAUCUCUGAAGAUGGUGUCCUAGGACGUAGGCCAUUACUUGGCUCCUAUAAUGCUGCACAUCUUAUUGAGUUUCUCAAUGAAAUUGAGCUGGCCUGUCAAGGUGAAGGGGUCACAUAUGUAAUUGUGUGGGACAAUGUCAGUUUUCACCACGCAGAGGUAGUUCAAGCAUGGUUUCAGACCCAUCCUCGAUUCAUGACCCUCUACCUGCCUCCAUACUCUCCUUUCCUCAACCCUAUUGAGGAAUUUUUUUCAGCAUGGAGGUGGAAGGUCUAUGAUCGCCAUCCCCUUGAGCGUGCCACCCUCCUUCAGGCCAUGGAUGAUGCAUGUGAUGACAUCAAUGUAGACCAAUGUCAAGCAUGGAUUCGUCAUGCCAAAAGAUUUUUUCCAAGGUGCUUGAACAAUGAAAACAUUCAUUGUGAUGUGGACGAGAAUCUAUGGCCAAAUGCUCAAGACAGGCUUGAGCCAAAUUAAUGUAAUGUGUGCACUAAUUAUGUUUUGUUCUCAUUUAGUUACAUUAUAGAAAAUAUAACUAUGUUACAAUUAUAUCUGAAAAAUAAAAACUAAUUUGCCCAAAUGAUUGUAGAGGAUGUCUUCAUUGAUCCUUCACUUGAUUACACAUAGGAGAGAUAUUUUGGAAAUGAUAGAUUAUGUAAAUGUAAGUAAUGUAAGUGUAUUGCCUAAUGUGUAACUGUGUAAUAUGUAUUUUAUAGUACUAUAGCAUAUUGAUUUCAGCACUUCUAAGGCUGAUUUGAAACCUGUAUAUUGCAUUGUUUGCUGUUGGAUGAACUGACUGUUAAAAGUACUAAACUGAAAGAAGAUCAUACUGUUGUGUU